AUGGUCGCCGCCGCUAUCGAAGCUCCCAUCGCGGAGAAGCCGCACUUGGAGAAGAAGCCCAUCAAGUUCUCCAACCUGCUGCUGGGCGCCGGUCUCAACAUGUUCGAGGUCACCACUCUGGGCCAGCCCCUCGAGGUCGUCAAGACCACCAUGGCUGCCAACCGUGGCGAUGGCUUCUCCACGGCUUUGGGUCGUAUCUGGGGUCGAGGUGGUCCUCUCGGCUUCUACCAGGGUCUCAUUCCCUGGGCCUGGAUCGAGGCUUCCACCAAGGGCGCGGUGCUGCUCUUCGUUGCCUCCGAGGCCGAGUACUACGCUCGCUACAUGGGUGCUUCUGAGUUUGGCGGUGGCAUUCUUGGCGGCAUCACUGGUGGUGUUGCCCAGGCCUACGCCACCAUGGGUUUCUGCACCUGCAUGAAGACGGUCGAGAUCACCCAGCACAAGAUGGCUGCCGCCGGCGUCAAGCCCCAGUCCACCUUCGCGACCUUCAUGGACAUUUACCGCAAGGAGGGCAUCCGCGGCAUCAACAAGGGUGUCAACGCUGUCGCCAUCCGACAGAUGACCAACUGGGGAUCUCGUUUCGGUCUCAGCCGACUGGCCGAGGGCUGGAUCCGCUCGGCCACGGGCAAGCAGCAGAGCGACAAGCUCUCUCCCGGGGAGAAGAUUCUUGCUAGCGCUCUCGGUGGUGGUCUCAGCGCCUGGAACCAGCCCAUCGAGGUCAUCCGUGUCGAGAUGCAGAGCAAGAAGGACGACCCCAACCGACCCAAGAAGAUGACGGUCGGCAACACUUUCCGCUACAUUUACUCGAACAAUGGUAUCAAGGGUCUCUACCGAGGUGUUACUCCUCGAAUUGGUCUCGGCGUUUGGCAGACGAUUUGCAUGGUUGCUGUUGGAGAUAUGGCUAAAACUUACGUGGAGAAAUUGACCGGCGAUCAGGUCACGGCUAAGCAUUAG